GAGAUCGGUGAGCGGUGCCGCAUCUCGCAAGAACCCGUGGACGCAGUCCUCCGAAGUGUACGCUCGUCGUUGUCGCCGAAGUUGCUCAACUACCGCGCGCACUACGUCUUCCGCCAGCCGCGGGACUCGAUCGGAGACCAGGAGAUCCUUGACAAGAUCCAAGAGCGGGUCAGCAAAGUGAUGAACGGCCACAUACCCGACAGGUUCGACUUCUUCAAGGCGCACCUGAAGAUGGACCUGGAUGAGCAAGAUGUGGAGGCUAGAGUCGUCAAGUACUUUGUCGACUUUGACCAGCUCAUCGAAGAACGUGGAUUUGCAUCUAUGCUGGCUGCAGGGAGUAAGGACCGGUCUGACUACCGUGAUCGGAUGAAGAACCGGUGCAAGCUCAUU